GCGAGAGGGCGAGACGCGAGUGCGCUCUCCACAUGUGUAACCCUGCGUCUCCCAGUUUCAUAGCUUGCGUUCAUUCAUAUGUGUGCAGUCGUGAAUAUUUGACCAAAGCUGCAGAUUGGAUAUUGGGAAGCAAAUUUGGGUGUGCAAUCUUCAGCAGAGGAGCACGCAGAGUCCAUGAUGGCUCAGACCGAGUGAGUGAGCGGCGGAGCGAGGACGCCCCUGCGCUCGGCGCGCCCGCCCGGACUCUCAGACUCGCGCCGGCUCCGGCUCUCCACAAUUCUCUCGCGCAGACUUUUCCCGGUCUUGAGCGAUCCCGUGCCCAGAGGGGGCCGGAGCUGCUCAAGCCCGCAAUGAAGAAAAGUCCAGGUUUCUCUGACUGUCUUUGGGUCUGGACCCUCCUUCUGAGCACUUUGACUGGAAGAAGCUAUGGACAGCCCUCAUUACAAGAUGAACUUAAAGACAAUACCACUGUCUUCACCAGGAUUUUGGACAGGCUCCUAGAUGGUUACGACAAUCGCCUAAGACCAGGAUUGGGAGAGCGUGUAACCGAAGUGAAGACUGACAUCUUCGUCACCAGUUUCGGACCCGUUUCAGACCAUGAUAUGGAAUAUACAAUAGAUGUAUUUUUCCGUCAAAGCUGGAAGGAUGAAAGGUUAAAGUUUAAAGGACCCAUGACAGUCCUCCGGUUAAAUAACCUAAUGGCAAGUAAAAUCUGGACACCGGAUACCUUUUUUCACAAUGGAAAGAAGUCAGUGGCCCACAACAUGACCAUGCCCAACAAACUUCUGCGGAUCACAGAGGAUGGCACCUUGUUAUACACCAUGAGGUAUGCUUAUACAAGAGCAGAAGUCGUUUAUGAAUGGACCAGAGAGCCAGCACGCUCCGUAGUUGUAGCAGAAGAUGGGUCACGCCUAAACCAGUAUGAUCUUCUGGGACAAACAGUAGACUCUGGAAUUGUUCAGUCAAGUACAGGAGUGACAACCGUGCUCACCAUGACAACUUUGAGUAUCAGUGCCAGAAAUUCCCUCCCUAAGGUGGCUUAUGCAACAGCUAUGGAUUGGUUUAUAGCAGUGUGCUAUGCCUUUGUGUUCUCAGCUCUGAUUGAGUUUGCCACUGUAAACUAUUUCACCAAGAGAGGUUAUGCAUGGGAUGGCAAAAGUGUGGUUCCAGAAAAGCCAAAGAAAGUGAAGGAUCCUCUCAUUAAGAAAAACAACACUUACGCUCCUACAGCAACCAGCUACACCCCGAAUUUGGCCAGGGGUGACCCUGGCUUAGCCACCAUUGCUAAAAGUGCAACCAUAGAACCAAAAGAGGUCAAGCCCGAAACAAAACCACCGGAACCCAAGAAGACCUUCAACAGUGUCAGCAAAAUUGACCGACUGUCAAGAAUAGCCUUCCCGCUGCUGUUUGGAAUCUUUAACUUAGUCUAUUGGGCUACCUAUUUAAACAGAGAGCCUCAGCUAAAAGCCCCCACACCACAUCAAUAGGUCUUUCUAGUCAUCUUCCAUCAUUCGUCCUCUGCACUGGGAAUUGCUUUAUGUUCUCGAUGCAGUAAUUCCCAUCUGCUUUAUUGCCUCUGUCUUAAAGAAUUUGAAGGUUUCCUUAUUUCCAUAAUUCCUAAUAAGAACAAGAGACCCCUGUCUGGCAGUCCAGAGCAGAGCGGAGUAUACAGUUUGGAGAUGGGAUUCUGAGGGAGGAAAUGAGAGAGCAAAAUCAUGUCAGAAGGAGACAGAACGAGAGAGGAAAGGAGGGGAAGAAGGUUCAAAGAUAAGAGGGAAAGUAGAAGAAAAAUAAAACUUAACUAUAACCCCAAGGUCAUUUGUAGAUAUAUAUUUCCAAAUAUUCUAAAAAAAAAGAGAUACUGUAUAUGUCAAAAAUAUUUUUAUGUGAAGGUGUUUAAAAGGAUAAAUUAUAAAUGUUUCAUGAAGAAAAAUUUUAAAAGAUCUAUGUCUUUAUUGCACAAACUAUGGCGUGCUUAUGUUUUUGUUUAGUUUUUUAAGCUGAUGUAUAGAUAGCUUUAACAUUUUGUUUCCAAAGCUAAAAAUCCCCAUUUUUUUCCUCUUAAAAAAUGCCUACUGCAUUAUUUUGUCAUAAAAUGCUAUUUUAAAAUUCGUGGAAUUUCAUAGGCAAAGGUGCAGCUGCUCACUGUAGAGCACAUUUAGUCCAAUGGAGAGAAAUGCUUUAAAUAGACUACUUCAUUAUCAUCUGAGCUUUUACCACUAGACUCAAGGAAGAAUCGUUUUAACAGACACAUACACUCAAUAGACACUAAAAAGAAAAAUUAAAAUAGAAUAAAAUAAUUUUAAAAUAUUCCUUUUUCCACCCUAUUUCCUGAUAGCACAUGGGCCCAAUUAUCAUUUGAUUCUCAUUAUAAAGAUGUUUAUAGAGGGGCAAAAAUAUUUUGCAAGCUCUAGAAUUGUUGAAUGUAUUCUUUUAUAUAAUGACAUUAAAAGCUGUAGAUUGAAAUUUAUGACUAGCAAACAAAAAUAGAAUAUAUAAAUUAUAUAUGUAAAUAUACAGCAUGAGAUUGUACAUUUUUUACUUUUUUAAAAGUUGUGUUCUUAAAAUAUUGUGUAGGAAUCGCCACUCUUAGCUGUUAUAAUGUUGUUAAAUGCUAUGGAAAUGCGUUUAGAGCCUGCAUUUAAGAACAGAACAGCUGGUAGGAAUCAGAUGGAACUUAAAACAUAUGGGUAUGAAGUCCACUUAUGUAGAAAAAGCUUAUAAUUUCAAACGUUGUCUCGUGUACAGUAGUAGAUCAGUUGCUAUCUGUUCAAGUCAUGCCACACCCCAUUUCCCUAUUUUAGACUAUUGUAAUAUAAAAAGAAAAUGGGAAGCAUUAGUUGGAGCUAGAAAAAUCUACUGUACAUUAUUGCUAUAUUUGCUGAUACCAACUACUUCAAUAAGUGCUGUACCAUAUGUAGCAUUAAAUAUAAAAUACAUAAAAGAAUGUACAGAAAAUAGCUUUUAUUGAGUAAUAUUAUUACAUUUCAUUUAUACUGUAGCAAUAUAUUUGUAGGUAUACUAUGUAAGGGCUUUAAAUUACAGAGGUCCAUUAAUAUUCUCGAUAAAAAUUCUAGUCUGUUUCAUUACUGCCCAGAUGUUUUAGAGAUAAAUAUUUUAUGCAGAAGGUAUUUUUGAAGUCUCCUUUUGUCUGACAGAGUAUCACAGAUAUUUAAAUUUCAUGUUCAGAAUCCACAGGUCAUGGUCUAAACGCAUUUAGAAUACUACAACAUAAACCUGCUAGCGUAAUUGCCAAAUAAGGCAGUUGGGAUCCAUACCCAAGUUCUGAGCAAUGUUUUUCUCAAAAAGCUGCUAUCCAAUGAUGUAGGAAAAUACACUGUGUUUUCCUAAACAAACUCUGGUUUUUCUUUUCAAUGUGCUUCAUUGUUUGAUUUGGUCCUGCCUAAAUUUCAUGAGCUAGGCCAAUAAAGGCUGAACCAAGGACAUUUCAUCCUCUGCUAUUAUGUAUAGAUAUUAUGUAUAGAAAAUAAAAUAAAUUAUGGCUCUGACUUCUGUGUUGCUGUUUAUCUUGUUAUUUUUUGGCGUUAACCUAACAUGUUUAUUGAGAGAUUUUAACCUUUCAUACUCCUCAUGGCUAACUUUUUGUGUGUGUUUUGUUCAUUAGAUGUGAAUAUUUCUUAUUAGUCUGCUUUCUGCUAUGCAAUGACUGCAUUUCUAUCAUUUCUUAGUUUGUUAGUAUAUGUGGAUGGUAUUCUACUGUAUAAAUUGAUUGCACAGUUUAUCAAAGACAAACUAUUCUAUGUAGCUUUUCUACAGUGCUUUGCUAAACCAUGUAAUACUAGUUAAGUCUUCCUUGAAAAUAAAGAUACACUCUUAUAGGGGACAGUUCCUGUUUACUCCCAGGAUUUUUUUUUUUUUUUAAAGAUGACACUGAAUGUUUAUUGCACCUUAGUGCAGUGAAGUGGCAAUAAAACUUAACAUGAAUCAAGGUUGUUUAUGGCAGAUGCAUGUGUUGCUUUACAGAGUUUAGCAAAAGCUCUUAAUUUUAUGUCAUACUGUAUUCUAUUAUAAUAAUAAAGCUAACGUUAUUCAAUAAUAAA